CACUCAUGCGCAGCUACCCACCAUCAAUUAAGACCUCCUGUGUUUGUGCGAACAGGUGGUUUUAAGAUGGCCAUCAUAGACCACAUUGCGCAGGUGCCUUGGCCUGUUCUGGCAGUCUUGGCACUUCUCGUGCUGGUAGCUGGAGCUCACCAAGCUCUCUUACUGCUGCUUCACAGCAUCGCGCCCAAACCCCGUCCGGUCGUUCCAUCCGAGAAGACUUACAUCACAUCAUCCCCCGGCUCCGACGUACCCAAGAAGGCCGCUCUUUCGUGCUGGUUCGACCGUUGGCAUGCAGAACGCCACGCCUCAGAACAGAAGACACGUCUCACCGACCCGCGCCUUGCCGACGUCAUCCCCGACACAGGGUCUAUCGAACCGGCCGAAGUCCGGGUAACCGUGGUCAUACCCGCCUACAACGAAGAAGACCGUGUCCUGCCGACUCUGGAGGAGGCCGUCGCCUACCUCGAUGAGAACUUUGGCCGUCCUUCCACCCCGUCGCCGUCCCUCUCGAAGCCGCGUUCCGUCUCCGCAAACAAGAAGCGCGGGCUGAACCCCGUUACCCCGCGCCGCCACGUUCAACAUGCUCCCUCCGAAGCCCUGAACGGCUACGAGAUCCUCGUGGUCGACGACGGCAGUAAGGACCGCACUGUCGAUGUGUGUCUCGAGUUUUCGCGCCAGCGGGGCUUGCAUGAUAUUCUACGCGUCGUCAAGCUGGAGAAGAACCGCGGCAAGGGAGGCGCCGUCACCCACGGCAUGCGCCACGCCCGCGGCGAAUAUGUUCUCUUCGCCGACGCCGACGGCGCGUCCAAGUUUAGCGACAUGGGGAGACUCAUUGAGGGAUGCGAGGAAGUGGUAGAUGGUUCCCACCGCGGCGUUGCCAUUGGUAGCCGCGCUCAUCUCGUCGGCAGCGAGGCUGUUGUCAAGCGUUCCUUCCUUCGCAACUUCCUCAUGCGUUCCUUCCACCUCGUUCUCAUGAUCCUCACGCCGCCCGCCACCUCGCGCCUCCGCGAUACGCAAUGCGGCUUCAAGCUCUUCACACGUGCCGCCCUCCCGCACAUUGUCCCUUACAUGCACGCCGAGGGCUGGAUCUUCGAUAUAGAGAUGCUCCUUCUUGCCGAAUCGGCGCCCCCUUCCCCGGUUCUCAAUGCAGAAGGCGCAGUUAUUGGCGCGAGCCCCGGCAUCCGCGUUGCCGAGGUGCCCAUCGACUGGCACGAGGUCCCGGGAUCCAAAAUGAGUCUCAUUUCCGACAGCAUCCGCAUGGCCAUUGGUCUGGCCGUCCUGCGUGCUAGCUGGAUGAUGGGUGUUUAUCGACGGAGGUUGACAUGAGGACGAGAAAAGAAAAGACAGGGGGCGAGCAAUACGUUUGGGCAGUGGGAGCGCAGGAACAGAGGGCCUAUGGGUGUUCCUCAAGGAUAGUUACCCGAGAGCGGGCAGGGCCUGAAUUAUUGCAUAGAGCGAACGGUUAUAGAUUUCACUGCAUUGCGUCUUGGAGUUCUCAGGCAUCGCCACCCAGAGGGAAGUGGCACCGGUUAGAGGAAAGGAUUGAGCCCUCAGUCAUUCACUACAUACACACUCAUACAAGUUCCGUAUAUAUGCGUCGUAUAUCAGCUGAGAUAACGAAAGAGGGAACCAGAAAGUAACAUCCUCGGGAAACAACCCCGAGAAGUAAUGAAGAUGAAGUGGC